AUGCAUUUAGCUACGACAAAUCUUGCUGUAGUGAAUAAGCUUAUAGCACAUACACAUGCCAAUCAUCAUGUUAUUGACCAUCAUGGUUUUUACACACACACCGCUCAUCAUUUGGGAUCACUGCAUUUUUUGGGUGCUACCGAUAACAAAAUCGAAGAGCUAUACAAAGGCAUGCACGAUGAAAUCAAUUUUUACCAGGAUUCACCACAUGAAAUCACUCGUACGAAUUGGCGACAGUCGAUUGGUGACAAGCGUUUUUGCAAGGCUUAUCAGGAAUUCUUCGAUCAAGAAUUAGCGGCAGCUGGGAAUGAUUGGCGUAAGAAAUUCAUGGAAUUCCUAUUAGAUAAUGAAUCAGGACCGUUGAUUAAUUGUGUGGUUGCUGGUGUAGCACAUCCUCUCAUUCAUAUUGGCUAUGCAUUCGAAUUGGAUAGUAUAGUUGUGGCUUCUGAAGCAUUGACAAUGUGUGCCGCAAGUUACAAUUAUCUUCAUGAAGUAAUUGACAAGUUGAAACCACCUAAAUCUGGUUCAAAAUCAGCUCUAACAAUCUUUCAAGAUCUUCGUUCCGAUCAUCGAUUGCCACUAUUUGAUGGUCCAGGCGUCGAUAAUCUAGAACCCACUGUAAAACAAGCGACCGAUAUAAUUCUGUCUCAUUACGAUCAAUGGCUUGUGAAUGUGAACGAUCUGGAAAAAAUAGUUGAAGAAUUAUUCGAUCUAACAGUUUAUCUCUAUGGUGCUACACAUAAACCUGAUCAGAUCGAAUUCGAUUUUUUUCUUCUUCAUCUGCUCACUUCCAUGAAUGCGAUUCGAGUGAUAUAUCCACAUCUGAAUAAUCGACAAGUCGCCGAACAUAUUCUUUAUCAAUUUUUCUAUUUCGCCAGCGCCAUCUAUAUCGGUCAGCUUCGGCCGGAGAUCAAUAAAACAUUAAUUCACGACUAUAAUAUUGAUUAUGCCAAACAAAAUUGGAACUAUGUUAUUGAACAAUCAAUGAAUACUGAUUUGAUUGGACACAGUCAUUUCUUGAAAGUCAUACGCAGCUUGAGAGAUGCAGAAGCUGUGUAUGGCUUCAAAGAUGGACUUUACUUGAAAACAGCAGUCAAAACUAUCGAGAAUAUAAAUAUAGACAACAUGUGGAUUGGAGGAUCCACAAAUCCUCGACAGCUGAAUGUACUCAAACGUGCAUAA